ACAAAGCCAGCGGCACUUAUAAGCACGAAUUAAUAGUCGUCAUAACAUCGGCGCUGUCGCAGGCGGACGCUACAUCGCGAUGCUGAACGCUCUCUUCCAUCUGCUGGUGUCACUUCACCACGCUUACGUCAGUUUCCACCUGCUGACACAGAUUGACUUCACGAAGUCUGACGACGACUACGUGCACAACGUCCUGAAGAAGUUCAAGUGGCGCUACUUCACCUGCUGGAACUUCGCGGUCCAAAUGGUGUACUUCGUUAUCUGCUUAACUGAGGACGUCCUGCGACUAUCCGAGAGGAAUGCUGCUCCACGAGAAUGGGUCCGUCGAGUCAAAGACUUCAUCUUUACGUCUCUGUUCUUCCCAGGGACGCUGUUUGUGUCGUCCAUGUUCUGGGGUCUGUAUAUGAUCGAUCGGGAGCUGGUGUUCCCGAGCGCCAUGGACGUCGUCUUGCCCUCAUGGACCAACCACUCAACUCACACCGUCAUCAUCGUCGCCCUGGUGAUAGAGAUGCGCAUCACCAGGCAUCGCUAUUCCAAGCGAAGCCUUGGAUUGGCAACACUGGCGCUCUACCUCACGGUGUAUGACAUCCUGUGCCUGAACGCGUUUCUGUACGACGGCGCGUGGAUCUACCCCAUUUACCGCGUGCUGGACACCUGGGCACUUAGAAUGCUCUUCUUCGCGAUCUGCACUGGUGCCAUCUUUAGCUUCUACGUGCUGGGAGAACUCCUGAACUCCAAGCUCGUAGCAUACGAGUUAGAAAGAAUAAACGAGAACCUACAUACGCAGAAAGUUUGUUAAUGACGUCCCCUUGCCCUAAUUUUCGUAGAUGACAUCCCGGGAUCACCGUCAUUUUUAACUCUCCCUCUACCCUUGGAAUAGUAUCGCCUUCAACGCAGUGGUCAAUCCUGGUCUAAUGCAAUAUUAUUAAAUCUUCCAAACAAUUACACCACAAUGUUAAAAUAUUUAAUAAUAAUGUGCUAUUGCUGUGUUACACAGCAAACCAUUUCUUAUACAUUCCUCCAAACUUAGUGGUCUGACAGUGAAGUACUAGCCAGACUGAAGCAUUCGUUACUAUAACAAAGGCCUGUUUAAGGCAGCAAGAUAUAGGCUAUGUACUGUGUAUCACAGGUGUAUACUAUUUAAAUAUAUAUAUUCACUUUUCUUAUUGACA